AUGGCGCAGACAAGCCUUAUAUCAGCUAUCCUGGAGCAUCAAGAUGCCCUGGCGUCUGUCGCAGAAUUUCUCCGAAUCCUGGCGGGAAUUUGCUGGACUUUGAACUACUUCAGCAUGUUAUGGACGACGCGGAAGGAUAAGAUUCCAAGCACCGGUAUCUUCCCCCUCUGCAAUGACAUUGCAUGGGAGUUCAUCUAUGCGUUCGUCUAUCCGACCGCCAGUGCUCAUUGGCAAGGAGGUGUCCGCGUGUGGUUCAUGGUCCAUUGCAUUGUUAUCGUUACUAUCAUUAAGUACGCGCACAAUGAAUGGGAUUACUUCCCGCUCAUCCAACGGAAUCUCUAUCUUGUUUAUGGACUCGUGACUGUUGGCUUUGCGUUUGGUCAGUACUCCUUCGCAUGCGAGGUCGGACCUGCAUUGGGAUUCUUCUAUGGAGGUGUGUUGUGUCAAACUUUGGCCAGCCUUGGGCCGGUUGCCCAAAUCCUUUCCCGAAAUAGCACCCGUGGUGCUUCCCUCUUGACUUGGUUCUUGAGAGCUGUGGCUACUUUUGGUGGUUUCAUCAAAUUGACUAUCUAUUACCUCACUGGAAAUGCCGCAGGCCCAUGGAUCGAAAGCCCCAUGUGCAGGUUCUAUAUUGGACUCACUUUGGUCCUUGAUCUCGUCUAUCCAAUUUGCUACUACAUCAUCAGGCGCCAGGAGCUGGCUGAUCCUCAGGCGGAGCAGAGAAGGAAGGCUAAAUUGGGAAAACGCGCAUGA